AAAGAAAACCAAAAUCAAAUAAUAUUUCGAAUGUGGUCAUGGAAACGAAAAUAAUGAAAGGUCGUGAAAAAUAAUAGACGGCGUCCCGAAAAAACGAAAGUUUGACGUGCGUGUGUUUUUUGUUGAGAAAAUAAUUGAAACACCUAACAAAAUCUAUGAUGUUUUCCGACGAGGAAAUAAAAGAGAGCAGUCUGAUGCGGCCUGGAGAUGAGAUAAUAAGCAUCCACGAAGUAUGCCUAAUAGACAAGUUUGACAAAAAACAAUUGGAGCCCCUUCUCUCGAGUAAUGGAAAAAGUGAUUUGGAGGUACCUCGUUUAUUCCGAGACGGUUUCUACCCUGAGGGCUCUGAGCAGGCGCGGUUUGCAUGGACAGAAGAGGAUGGUAAUAUCGCGUCGCUCGUGUCUGAGCCAGGAUUCGGCACCACGGGGCAAACGAGCUUUGGCAAAGAUCUGGAUGCUGCGUUUAGUAAGGAAAUCAAGGAAGCCGACAAGUUUUCCAUAAUGGAAACCAAAAAUGGAUUGAUUUUUGAAACGAAAGUGUGUACGGAGUCAAGUCACGUGACAUCAUCCACUUCUGGCGAUGGGGCAACACCGGGUAUGUCUUCCAAUCAACCCAAAAGUCGCGUCAUUUGUAAGGUGGACAAAACAGAUCCACGUUCGAGGUACCACUACGUUAAGUACAUCAAACGCCAUGGAAGAACGGUCAAAUUGUGGGAAUGUGGGAUGUGUGGAAGAGAGUUCCAGCACCAGUAUACGCUGCUGCGCCACCUGCCGACGCACACGGACGAGAGGAACUUCCACUGCGACGCGUGCUCCAAGAGUUUCCGGCAACUGUCCACGUUGAGUCAGCACCGCGCCAUACACUCCGCUGAGAGGCCGUACUCUUGCGAGGUUUGCGAAAAAACGUUUAACCGUGUCUCCACCCUCAUAUCCCAUCGCAAGACCCACUCCGACGACAAACCCUACAAGUGCCACAUUUGUCCCAAAGGAUUCCAUCAGAAAGGCAACCUCCGAAACCAUCUUUUCACUCACACCAACGCUCGUCCGUAUCGGUGCAACAUUUGUAUGAAGGGCUUCAACCAGCAGUCGAAUCUAGUUUGCCACAAACAAAAGGCACAUCCAGAUGAAAACAGCACCGCCACGGUAGGAAAGAAUAGAACAACACCCCGUAUCGCUCCACCACCAACCCUGGUGAAGAAACCGGAAAGUUCUUCGAGAACACAAUCCGAACAAUGUGAAGUGACAUCAUCAAUGGGACCACCAAUAGAAUCUACAUCGUACAACCAAUCCCGAUGGGAGAUUAAAACCGAGCAAGGAGAUUUGUGGGGCGACGGUCCAUGGAGAAGCAAUGGUGUGGUCGUAGAUGCUAUAAAUACUUACCAUAUGGGAGUGGCGCUAGCGACCAGACAGACUCCAUUCGCUUUGCUGAAGUCUGAUAACGGUGCACCAGUUCUCGUGAAAGUCAUUGAUGCGAAGCUUCCGGGCGGCAAACAGAUGCUAGUGCCAGCAACAGCGGAAGAUCUGAGAGUUGGAGGGAAAAUAAUUUUGGGCAGCGAAGAAAAUCUCAACAAGGCUCAGGAAAUAGACGUGGAGUCAAUUCCUGACGCCAGCGGUGCGGUUCAGAUUCGAGUCCCCGUGGUAGCGACCGUGGUGCCGAAGAUCAGACCUGGUGGAGGACUGCUUCUGUCUGUCGAGGAGCCGCACUAUGAGUACCUCACGACUGCUUCUAAUGGUGAUGAAGUAAAAGCUGGUCCAUGCUCCAGCAGUUCCUGCACACCAUCUACUGCUGUGGCUCAGCUGCCGGAAUGCUCACCACGUAUUAAAGUCAGUGGGUUCGAUGCCCCACCCGACGAACAAGUCUUAAGACCUGGUAUAUGCAGCUCGCCCCCGCCGGCGCCGUCGCCGCCGCCUCUGGACUUCAUCUCCCUGGACCUGUUCGAUCCUAUGGGAUGCAUCCCCUUGGGUGAGAUUGACUUGACAAUAAAAUAACAUUGCUAUCAACCCAUAUUCGGCUCACUGCUGAGCUCGAGUCUCCUCUCAGAAUGAGAGGGGUUAGGCCAAUAGUCCAUCACGCUGGCCCAAUGCGGAUUGGCAGACUUCACACACGCAGAGAAUUAAGAUAAUUCUCUGGUAUGCAGGUUUCCUCACGAUGUUUUCCUUCACCGUUAGAGACACGUGAUAUUUAAUUUCUUAAAAUGCACACAACU